AUGUGUGCGUCAGGGCCUUUACGCGCAGCUCUGGCGCGUAAAGGUGAGGCGGCCCCGCCCACGACGCGGCCCCUCCUGUCAGCCCCAGACCGCAGCCUGUCAUUCCGCAGCAGAGCAGCGCAGAAGCCGAGCAGCAAGCAGACUCCAGAUUUCCAGAGAAACGAAGAGGAGCUCCCCGUCUCUGUGGACAAGCUACGGCAGCUGAUAGAGGACAAAGUUAACAUUCUGUGGUUACCGACUGCUGAGAACCAGCAGGGUUUGGUGUUGGAGGAGAACCCAGGAGGAGAAGAGGAGCUGUUCCAGAUUGCUGCUCUGAGCCAGGAGCUGAACGUUCACCUCCAGCAGCUGCAGAGACGGACGGAGCAGGAGCUCAGAAACAUCCAAGCCCAACUCUCUCAGAUCGAAGGCCGCCUGCAGCAGCUGAGCGCUGAGCUGUCGGAGCUUCAGCAGAGGAAGAAACGGGCCGAAGAAGAGCUGAAGACGACUUCCUGUCCUCAGACGACCGCCUUUCGUCUGUGUGCGCAUCAGAAGCUCCAGGUCUCCAUCACUGAGCGUUUGGUCCAGUCUGAGCAGCUGCUCUUCCAGGAGCAGGCACUGAGCGCGCUCCGUAACCUGCUGACACAGGACCUGCACAGGUACCAGGAGGAGACCCGUAAACUCGCCCGCUUCACCGAGAAGAUCAGCGGAAAAAAAGCCCAAAGGUCGGACGGAGAGGAGAAGUUCGGCUGUUCAGAGCAACAAAGUAUGCAAGACAAGAACGAGACGGAGCUGGAAAAGAACAUGGAGUCGGAGCUCGACUUAAACAAGCAGUCGGACAGCCCGUCUGAGGAAGAGCCGUCCACGCCCAGAGCCACGACGGUGACCCAGAGCCCAAAGUAUCAGCUGAUGAUCAACAACGAGCUGAAAACCAACGGGCUGAGCAGCAGGGAGGCCAACGGUCCAGGAGGCGGGGAGAGCAGCCCCAGGCUUCCCAGAUGGGAGGCCACCCGGCUGGGGGCCAACAACUUCCGGGGGUCCCUGGAGUCCCUGGCCUCGCGGGACUGGGACACGGGUUCUGACCGGGCGGGCCUCAUCGACAGCCCCCCCAGGGCGUUUAACAGCCCGUACACAACCUCCUCCUUGGAGUAUAACCCUUCAUACAGGGUGACCGAGUUCAAGGGCCGACUCUCUCCUGCCAACUCCGAGAUGAACCUGUACGGCUUCAACAGCCGCAGCACCAGUCCCAUCGGGGUUCCCUCCGCCACGCUGACCGCCCCCCGCGCCCGAUUCUCCACCUACGACACCCUGAGGAGGAAACCUGAAAUCAACAACCCGGUGGCGCCCAUUCACUACAGCAUGCGCUCUAAUACGCUGGGAGCACCCAACAAGAGAAACUACGUGGAGGAACUGACCAAACAGCUGGACAGCUGUCAGAAGCGCAACGCGUUCCUGGAGGCAGAGAUGGUGGAGAUGGAGAAAGAGCGGAACCAGAUCAGGUUUGAGAUGCGCGCCCUGAUCGUGAGCAAAGAGGACCUGCUGAGGAACAACGCGCAGCUGAACAACGAGCUGAAGAAGACGAGGGAGCAGAUGAUAGAGAUUGACCGGGAGACCCAGGCCUUGAGAGAGAGGUGCAGAGAGAUGGAGAUUGAGGUGAAGCAAGCCCGGGACGUGAUGGUGGAGGCCAACACUCAGGAGUACGCCUUUAACUUCCUCCAGCAGUCCCUGAAGAACAAGAUCCAGGAUGCUGAGGACAACCUGGAGAAGCAGAGCCAGCACGCUCAGAGCCUGGCCGAGAAGUUGUGGCUGGCGGAGAGAGAGCUGGAGGACAUGAAAGUGACCAAAGAAACCCACGAUAAGAAGACGUCUGAUCUGAACAGCACCAUCCUCAGGCUGGAGGAAGAGCUCAGCGAAGCCCUGAAGAUGUCCACCCAGAACUCUGCAGAACUGAGCCUGCAGCAGAAGCUACGGCAGGACGCCCAGGACCGGGUGGAGGAGCUGGAGGAAAGUCUUCUGGAGAAGGACCAGGAGUGUCAGCGACUGAGCCAGACGGUGGAAAAGCUCAACGCAGAGGUCACCGGUAAGCUGAUAGAUAAGGAGCGCAGCCUGGAGGACGAGAUCCAGCUGAGGGAGCGGCUGCAGCUGCAGUGCCGGCAGGCGGAGAGGACGGUGGAUGAUCUCAGCCUGGAGCUGCAGACCACCAACCAGGUCAAAGAAGACCUGAUCAAGCAGCUCAAACUGUCUCAGGAGAAGGUGCUGGACCUGGAGAGCGAGCUGGAGGAGCUGCAGGACAGCGAGCAGCGGUGGGCCGCCAAGCAGAAGAGAGCCAUCGAGCAGACCGAGCAGCUGCAGCUGAAGCUGAUCCAGGAGAAGGAGCUGAACGAGCAGCUGGAAACGGAGAAAGCUUUCAUGGAGAGACAGUUAAGAGAGCUUCGUCUGGAGGUGGAGGACCUGCAGAGUUCCAGGGUCCAGGAGGACGUCGUCUCCAGAGCCGAGACCCGAGCCAAGGAGCUGGAGAACGCUCUGAGAGCCGAGGAGAGGAACAAAGCCACCCUGACCAACACCAUCAGUAAACUGGAGAGGAAGAUCAACGAGCUGAGCGAUCAGCUGGAGGAGGAGCAUCGCAUCGCUACCGAGCAGAAAGACCUGAUGACCCAGAGGAUCCGCACCCUGAAGCGUCAGCUGAACGAGGCUGAGGAGGAGGGGACGAGGAAGGAGGCGCAGUACCGCCACGUCCAGAGGGAGCUGACUGAGGAGAGGGAGACCAACAGCCGACUGCAGAGGCAGCUGCUCGACCAGCACCUGCAAACCAAACGUAAGGAGAACCUGACGAUCCGUCAGACUUUGGAUAACUUGAGGUUGGACCUCAGCGUGGACGAAGAGGAUGACGGGCAGCUUCUAAAUGAACAACCAACCAACGUAACUAAAGUUUAACCCGUCCGGCGCCGCCUUGCUCAGAAGAAAUGGAUUGCAUUUUACAAAAAUCUGCGCCACCAGCUCUGCAGCAGCACAAAGACAGAAGUGACAUUUGGCUGGUUGGAAAUAACCUUGUGUUGCUGAGAAGUUGUUCUCAAAACUUUGAAACUAGCUAAGAAAUUCAUUGAAAAUAUGUGAUGAAAUUUGGUGCUAGGUUGUAGCAAACAGUUUUUUUUUAUUUUCAAAUUGUUCCUGCCAUGACAAGACUAAAAGAUUACAGGUUAACCCGACAGCUUGGCCCAUAAUCAGGGCCCGCUUCCUCAGCUCUGCCUUAGAAAGCCCCGGAAAUGUCUCUCUCUGCUGGCGAACAGCAGGAACUACAACCACUUCAUAUUGAUGCUCCUUGUGGGCUCAGCUGCUUUUUCUUUUUUAUUAUUGUUUAUAGGAUUGUUUGCACUGAAACAACACAGGAGCAUCCCUGAUGAAACAUGUUUCAGUUGCCUUUGAGUUUCUCGGUCUCUCCCUCUAGCAUGUCGUUAGGAUAGAAUAAGCUUUAGAAAUUCAGGAGUAGAUUUUCUACUUGAUAGAAACGGUCAUCACUCUGAGAUGUUUUUAUCUUCUGUACAGGAACGCGUGUAUCUGCAGUAUUUUAUGAUGCUUUACAGGGUCGAGAAAGGGUCUCUGUGGGAUACCUGAGGGAUCUUUGAACUGGAUCGUGGCUAUUUUCAACUCAAUCACAACAAAUAUUAUUUAUAUAUACGUAUAUUGUGUUUUGAAGAUUGUUUAAGUCUUUCUGGGACAUUUCUAAAAAAAUAAAUAAACCUUUUAGAGUUAAGUUUUUUUUUUUUUUUUUGCAUAUUUAAAGGGUUUGCUGCUGUAUUAAUGUAAUAAUCUGCCAUUUGUGGAAACUAUCUGUAAAGAAGCUCUUCCAGAGUUAAAUGUUGAAAAUGUCAUUUGGGGGAGGGCAGAAACCAGUUUACUCUGUUCAUGGGCACAAACUUAAAAUGCUAAAAUCAUUUUUACAACAAAAGAGGUGAUUGGUACUAAAACACAGCCUGUCAGCCAUUUUUAAUAUUGUGAUUAAUUUACAACAUUUUUUGAUGUUUGUAAUAAAAUGAAAUCAUUGUUUCAUUGUACUAAACCCUCGUUAAGACUCCUAACCCUGAAAUUCUGCCAUGUUUACAGUGUUUUUGUUAUUAUAAAUGAGCACAAACAUCAGGUUUUAAAUCGAAACGCCACACUUUGUCUCUUACACUUGGUUUAAAGGAUAAAACAGUUUGCAAAGUUUCAAAAAUAUUUCUGUAAAACCAGUUUUGAUGUUCUUUGAUUGUGGGUAUUUAUUUUUCACACCAUUCUCAUUCUUUGGUAAAACCUACAAUUAAAGUCUUUGACAUCUGA